UGAAGAACCGUUGUUAUCAGAUCCAAGUGGUUCUUUCAAGUGUUCACAAUGCGCGGAAUUUUCUACGUUCUGGGGCUGUUGCUGGCUCUGGGAUUAACAUCGGCAGAUCCUCAAUACUGUCUGCACGAGAUGUUGAGGACGGAUGAGCGUAUCGCAUCCCAUGGCUAUCCGACAGAGACCCAUGAGGUGGAAACUGAAGAUGGCUAUGUGUUGACCCUCUUCCGUAUUCCGUAUUCUCACAAUUUGCAGAAUCAGAAUGAAAAGCGUCCUCCAGUGUUGUUGCAACAUGGUUUAUUCAGCAACUCGGAUUGUUGGAUAGCCUCUGGCCCGGACAACUCCCUGGCCUAUCUGCUGGCCGAUGCUGGCUACGAUGUCUGGCUGGGAAAUGCUCGCGGUAAUAUCUACUCACGAGCCAAUAGCCAAAUCUCCUUGAAUAGUCCUCGCUUCUGGCACUUUGAUUGGCAUGAGAUUGGCACUAUCGAUCUUGCGGCUAUGAUCGAUUAUAUAUUGAGUGAAACUGGCUACUCCCAGCUGCAUUAUGCUGGUCACUCCCAGGGCACAACUUGCUACAUGGUGUUGCUCUCCGAGCGUCCAGAGUACAAUGACAAGAUCAAGUCGGCUCAUAUGUUGGCUCCUUGUGCCUUCUUCGAGCACGGCAGAUCGGCCGUCUUCAGGUGGCUUAGCCCAUUGGUGGGCACUCCCGGUGGCAUGUGGAAUCAGUUGAUGGUGGACAUGGAACUGAUACCGCACAAUAAUCUACUCAAUCGUUUGAUCGACAACAGUUGCGGCUCUGGCAGUCCCUUCGAUUCCAUAUGCAAGAACGGAUUUCUGAUGUUCGCCAAUGGAGGUUAUCAAAAUAUCAAUCUCACCGCCAUGCAACAGUUGAUUGAAACACAUCCAGCUGGUGCCUCAAGCAACCAGGGUAUUCAUUACCUGCAGCUGUUUACUUCACAUUUUUUCCGUCAAUACGACUGGGGCACUAAGAAGAACCAGGAGCUUUAUGGCCAGGAUUCUCCGCCAGACUAUGAUUUGAGCUUAAUUAAAGCAAAAACGCAUUCGUAUUCCAGUCCGAAUGAUGCACUUUGUGGUCCAGAGGAUGUUGAUACUCUUGUUUCGAAGUUCAUCCAUCUGGAGGAAGAUCAUCGUGUGCCUUGGGAAAGUUUCAAUCAUUUGGACUUCAUUGUGGCCAACAACAUGAAGGAAUUGAUCAAUGAUUUGGUUGUCGAAAGAAUUAACAAAUAUGAACGCCGUUAAUUGAUCUUAAUUUGAAAAUAAACUGGGCUAUAAUCCAUUUAUUUGAGUUAUCA